AUGUGCCGUGUGUACCCAGUAAGUGGCCAUUUUGUUCUUCCAGACGCUCUGCAGUCUUAUCUGGAGGAGAGCUCAUAUUCCAAAGUGACAGUGACUCUGGAUCCAGACACGGCUCAUCCCUGUCUUGUCCUUUCUCAGGAUCGGAGAAGUGUGAGACGUGCAGACACACGGCAGCAUCUGCCUGACAACCCUGAGAGAUUUGACAUGCACUGCUGUGUGCUGGGCUGUGAGGGAUUCACCUCGGGGAGACACUGCUGGGAGGUGGAGGUGCCAGAAAGCAGAUUCUGGGCUGUGGGGGUUGUCAGAGAGUCAGUGAGAAGAAAGGGACAGAUCCACUUUUGCCCAGAGCAGGGGAUCUGGGCUGUGCGGCGCUGCUUAGGUCAGUGCCAGGCUCUCACUUCUCCUCGUCCCACCCGCCUAUCCCUGCACUGGUCACCUAGAAGGAUCCGUGUGUAUCUGGACUAUGCAGCAGGGUGGGUGUCGUUUCUCGACGCUGGUACGGAGGCUCCAAUCUUCACCUUCCCACCAGCCUCUUUUACUAGGGACAGAAUCCGGCCCUGGCUCUGGCUGUGUGGCACUGGAGCUGAACUCAGACUGUGGCACUAAAAUGGGGGUGGGCAGGGGAGAUGUCCCAGUGUGAAUGAUGGACUCAUCCACUCCAGCCUCCUGCUCUCUGUGACCCAAGAAGGAUCUCCUUCCCCAGUCCUCAUGGCUGCACCUCUGUCACUCUUGGAGCUGCAGUAGAUAACAAGGCACAGUCUGGAUACACAAUCCCAUGGCAGCAGGUGUCACCAGGCUGGUUUGUCUCCGUGAGCGAUGGCUCUGAAGGACUCCAGAAGGGUUGGCCAUACAAUCUCCCUAUCAGGAAGCCCCAACUGGGGAGUCAGCACCUGCUCCCAGUCUAGAGCAGCCCAUGGGAUCUCUGCAAAGCCCUCAAAGUGCCCCUGGGCAUCCUCUGCUCAAGGAGGCCCUUGCUGUAGGAUGUGUGUAGGGCUGUGUGGGGUGAGGGCCUGAGCCUUGACAGAACCUGCCCAUGGGGAACUGCUGGCCUGGGUUGAAUUUGGAUUGGUUUAAGUCUGCAGCCAAGGCCUCUGGGCUCGGGUGUUUCAAAGGCUGAAGUGCCCUGAAUCCCAUCGGGGGUAGGUGCCUCCCACCCUCAGACUCCUCUGUGGAUACCAGCUCCACUGCACUGGACACUUGGGCUCUAGACAGAAGCAAAAAUUUGAACAAAUGCCUUCACUUUUUUUUUUAAUUACUUUGGCCCGUUGGUCUUAAGUCUCCCUUUUCUCUCCCUGCAUUGCAUUGCCCUGGUUCUUUCCCAAGUCCUGGUUGGUGUGGGCAGGAUGCCCCCUGAGGGAUGGACACCUCUUUUUUUGUCUCAGGCCUUGUACUGAGGGUGAUGUCACAGUUAUCUUUAUACCAUCAUAAAGGUCCUUAAAACAGGAACAUUCUUCCAUUGCAGCGUGUUAACCUGUGUUAAAUAUCCCCUAAAUGUUUUAAAGUUAUGCCAGUUCAGGCAAGGGUUACCUUUGUUCUGUUCAACCCAGGUCAUUUGAGGGGGGAAAAAGCACUAUUUCCAGUCCUUCAGUAUCCCAGGAUGCACCAUUCAGAGCCCUGCCCACUCCUUUGUUCCAUGGGUAAACUUUCACCCAUGUGAACUCUGCUACCCAGGGGGUGGUGCUGGGCUGAGGUCAAUACCCCCUCCUAAGCCCAGCACCCCAGCACACCCUGACCACUCUGAGCACCCAUAAAACUCACCAGCUGGUUGCUUGCUGUAGCACCCCCAUGCACAUAACAACAGAAAUCCUAAUACCUACCUCCACGAAGAGAAUGAGCUGUGGCCCACUGUGGCAUGCAUGCAGUGAGCCUGCUGGGUCUCAGCUCUGCCCUGGG